CCAACUUAGUUGCCUGCUUAGCAGGUUUUGCUAUUCAUUUCUCCGUGGCUGCACAAUUCCGUCCAAUGCUCUUUUAAGCACACUACGCUGUUUGUCUACCAUUGAACAUUUCAAUCAUUCGGUGGCUCUGAUUUUCUCAGUCGCAAAACUAUAGCCUGGUACAAGGAUGCCACCAAUUCGAAAACCAGUUUCCGUUUUACUAUGUCUGGAUUAUGGCAGCGCGUACAUUAAAGCGGCUGUUCAGUUUCCCAGUGGUGAACUGCAACCGUUAACUUUCAACGGGCAGAAUGCCCUUCCCACCUACCUUUUCUUCUCCCCGGACCAGGAUGAAAUCUUUGUGGGGCACAAUGCCAAAGAGCUCUCCAAUGCCACGACACGGAACAUUGUCUUUUCCCCGGCACUGUUUCUCCGCGAUAACGUAACCGCCACCUUGAACUCUACCGACCUUAACGACGAUAAUGAAUGGCUGGAUUUUGCCAUGCCGUUUUCAUUACGCGCGGAUACCCGCGGCGGGUGCUCCAUGAAGAUCGGCGCAGAAGGUAGAGGGUACUACGACACCGCCGAACAUUCCUGUCAAAUGGAUCUGGACGAGAGCGGCGCGUGGACUGACGCCAUCGAGCUGAAUCGGCUGUUUUUGCGAGGAUUGCGAGAAACCUGCCAGGAACAGAUUGACGAGCAGUACAAUAUUACUGCAUGUUGUAUCGCCGUGCAACAGAUGGAAUUUAUAUCCAACGCGCUGAAUCAGGCAAUGCUGCGCAGCGGUUUCAGCCAGUACAAAUUGGUUGAUCGAGACACGGCGCAGAUUAACGGUUUGCUGCGACAGUUCCCUCACCUUGGGGAUCGCGGUUACAUUGUGAUUCUGCGGAUGGGCGCCAAUUUUUCUACUGUCUGCAUUUAUUCCACGAAUUACCAAAGGUCAACAUUGGAAGCCACGAGGACGGAGCAUUUUGGCGGCAACAUCAUCGAUCUAAUUCUGAUGCGUUUCUGUUUAAAGCGGUUUGCCGAGUUGUACCGAUUAAACGGUGUCGUAAACUUUGCGGUGGAUGAUCUGCACAGGUUGCGCUUAAAUUGCGAGGCGGUGAAAACUCAGCUAUCGACAACGCGAGCAGUUACGCUAAAAGUUAAUCAGUUCUAUAAAGGGUGUGAUUUAGUCGUGGAUCUGACCAGCGAAGUUUUCCGGGAUUUAAUCGGAAGUUACUGCUAUACGACGCUGAAGACGUUGGUUAAGGAAGUGGAGGAGUUUUUUCAGGGCAGAGCAAGGAACUACGAGCUGGUGAUGCUGGGCGGGACGUCGAAAAUCCCCCUGGUGCAGGAAAUUGUCACGUGGACGCUACAGAAACCGAAUCAACAGGCACGGAGUGUUAUGGCCAUUGUGGUGCUGCAUGGAAUGGUCGAUCACCGUCGUGACAAAGUUCAGCCCAGUGCGUUAGCCAGCAUCUCUGAUGCCCCGUUUCCGAAGGAAGCCAUUGCCAGCCGCGUGAAGAUCGAGAAUAAGUGUUAUGGCUCCGCUCAACCGACGACCGCAUCUGCUGAUAUAUCGCCGCCGUCCGUUUCCCGUCCGACGACGCGAUCAGUCACCGCGAUGAUGGCUGACCGCCUUGAAAACGCCCAUGGAUCGCCGGCGGACUGUACCCCACUAGCUCCAUUGACUACCACCGCUGAGACGUCGCAUGCGCAUACUCUGACGAUACGUCGGAAUCGCGUUACCUGCAAUACGACGGCGACCCACGCAGUUCCUCUUCGUUCCAGGGUCAGUCGCGAUAACCUGCCCAAUGUUAGUAAUUCCGUGGCAACGCCAUCGGUGGAAACUACGAAUUCAGCAUCCACGUUAGCCGCCCCCGGAUCCGCUACGACCGAGAAUAUCCGCGUACCACGAUCCUCCAGCGUUAACCGCCCUUUGCCUAAGGAGGGUUCGGAGUCGCCACAGGUUACGUCAGGCAAACCGCGGACGGCCAGUUUGACGCGCGCACCCACAACAACUAAACCAUCGACCGAUCCACGCAUCCAUACCGAAUGGAACCAACAGGACCAUCGAACUGUUGUCCCGAUUGAUUGGGUUCCCAAAGCAAGAGUCGCGCCGACCACAGCUUUAACCAACAAUAAUUCUAUUAGCGCGGAAGAGAAACGAGUAUCAAAUAGCGAAGUUAGGGCUAACCUCGCUAUAGAUUCCAUUCGGAAUAAAGAGAGAGACUCCAUCGCUCAGAAUCCGCCGAGGUCUGACGGCAGCCUUUCUACAACCCACCCCGGAAACAAGCCCGAAUGUGUCGCGUCUAGCUACUUUCACGCCAGCGCCACGGAAACGGCGAGCCACGCGAAUGUACCGUCUGCAAAGCGCGGUGCUGUGUACUGUCCCGAUAUCGAUGAUGAGGUAUAUCGUGCGCCACCAAUACCUGUGCGGCGCGAUAGUCUCCGGUAGCGCACCGUCUAUACGGAAGCCCCCGGUACCGGUUUUUCGCAAGCGGCUUCCGCUGCCACAGCGGUAAGGGACAGCAGACAGCCAGCCGCUGUUCACAGUGCCUUACCUUCCUCUCCAUCAUCGGGCGAAGUUGAAAGCUUAGAAUGGUCGGCGGAUCGGUCUCCAGGUGGUGCAGGGAACCCGUACUACGCUUUGCGCGCUCAACUGGCGGACAGGAGUGUCGUUCGUAUCACUGACAGCGAGGUGGAGGCGGAGACUUGUCCUCGGUGCUGCCAUACUUAUGUUUAAUUAUAAAAAUAAUUACAGUAGUAACCUUUUCGUACAUUUCUGGUGGCAAUUUAACGUGCACGUCGUGCUGUUACAAGUACUAGUAAUACUUUACCAAACCAUAUUUUACCAUUUUGCAAGAUCAUUGCUGGUUUGUCAGUUUUUUUCUUAAUAAAGUUAGCAUAUCAAAGAAAAACCUGGACCACGUUUUCUGUAAACGGCUGUUCAUUUUUGUUGAUGGGCCGGUUCAUCGGUACGUGCUACUGUACCGUCGUUGUG